AUGCCUGCCCAAAUUCCCCAGUACACCUCCGAUCUCGAGGGCGUCGCGUCUCGAGACAACACGGAAUCUGGUUAUGUCAGUGGUGGUUCAAGUGAAGAAUACAUCCCAGAGAUUGUUUUCACAAAGCCCCAUCUGCAGUUCUUGAACCGUCAAUUGCAGUUUCUCGAGCCCCAAGAUAUCCUGAGAUGGUGCAUUACAUCACUCCCUCAUCUCUUCCAGACCACGGCCUUUGGCUUGACCGGCCUGGCUACCCUGGAUAUGCUCUCCAAGCUGGAUGUGCCCCGCCCCCAGAUGGUGGACCUCAUCUUCCUGGACACCCAGCAUCACUUUUCUGAGACCCUCAGCCUGGUCGACCGGGUUCGCAAGCGUUAUCCUUUGAACAAUGUCCAUGUGUACAAGCCUGCUGGUACUGAUAGCCCUGCUGAGUUCGAGUCCAAGUAUGGUUCCCGCCUUUGGGAGGCUGAUGACCAACUCUAUGACUGGGUUGCCAAGGUUGAGCCUGCCCAGCGUGCCUACCGUGAGCUCAAUGUCCACGCCGUGUUGACUGGUCGCCGCCGCAGCCAAGGUGGCAAGCGAGGUGACCUCGACGUCAUCGAAGUUGACGAGGCUGGCCUUAUCAAGAUCAACCCCAUGGCCAACUGGUCCUUCAACCAAGUCAAGCAAUACAUCCAGGAUAACAAUGUCCCUUACAACGAGCUCCUUGACCGUGGCUACAAGAGCGUUGGUGACUGGCACUCUACCCAGCCCGUUGCCGACAACGAGGAUGAGCGCUCUGGUCGCUGGAAGGGCCAGCAGAAGACUGAGUGUGGUAUCCACAACCCUCGCUCCAAGUAUGCUCAAUACCUGAUGGAGAUGGAACGCAAGCGCCAGGAGGAAGCUUUGACAUCGGCAUUGCACGCUCAGCUCUCUGCCGCGCAAUGA